AUGAUCGGCCAGGAUCUAAGAUAUAAAAAAAGAUUUGUCCCUCCCCUCCGCCCCGUGGAACGACGGUAUCCUUUCCUGAGGGUAAGGGAACGCACGGUGAUCAUCGACGACGGGGGACGACGGUUUUUGCAGCUGGCCCCGGUCCCGAAUUACCAACGAAAAGGAUUCGGGGGUCCAUUCUUCUGGCCUGGACGAAGAGAUUGUUCUCUCGAGCAUUAUCGCGCGCCAACCCCCCCGGUGUUUCAUUGCCACGGCAAAAUCAGCGGCAAACAAGCAGCCUCGCUUUAUCACGCGCCACUUUACCCACCUCCCCCGUGUUCUCGUUUCUGCCCGCUUGGAAACGACGAAUGUUUAACCACGUUAUCAGCCAGGCACCGCGAAGCUCCGGCAAAACCCGGAUCGAUCCGGUAUAUAACGUUAAGAGAAAAUCAUAAGUUCCUUUUCAACGGGGCCAUUCGACGUGGCUGACAAAGAAUCUUUUAAUCAGACGCGGAUAAAAGGCUCGGAUACUCUUUCAGGACGACGAGGCGAAGGAAACGACGGGGGAGUAACAUUCGCGCGCGCACAGCACGAGAAUUUUUCUCGUCGAAGGGCGACAUUUUAAACGCAGAGUUCACUGUCAUCGCGAUUAAUUGGCCGAGUGAAACGUAAUUUCGUAUUUCGCGGGUAAAUGUCGUUUGCACGAAGUGUUUGAAACAAUCAAUUCGCUCAAUACCUUCACUUAUGUAUUUUUCUAAGAGGUUAUGUUUCACAGUGCCUGUUUGUUGCAUUGUAUUCGAUAAUUUUUAUUUCCGUUUAUAUUGUAUAUUUAUAUUGUAUAUUUUAUUUCCGUAAUAUAUUGUUUUUUUAUGAAAGAUUUUUAUAUCUAAACGAUUUAUUUUAUUUAAUCAAUCUUCAUUCAGAAUGAUUAAAUAA